AUGAUGUUAAGUGCUAAUUCAUGUUUCACUGUACUUCUAUUUGGAAUUAAUCUACUGUCUGUAUGUGUGUUUACAUUUCAAAAUGAUCUCAAACAAAUUGAAUAUGAAGAUUCUCUUUGUAUUUUUCGAGCUUAUUUUGGUUAUAGUGCAUGUGCUAUGAUGAAUUAUUCAUUUCUAUUACAAGCUUUAAAUCGUUAUAUUAUAGUCAUUUACCCACAUCGUUUAUUUUGGCAAUCAAUUCGAAGUCAAAUAUUUCUUAUUUGUAUAACAUGGAUGUUUAGUUCUGUUUAUCCAUUGGAAUUUUUGUUAUCUGGUGAAAUAGUUUAUGAUAGAAAUAAUCAGAUAUGUCAAAUACCUUUUCAACUUUCCUUCUCAAUUAAUUAUAUGGGAUUCUGUGUCUAUGUAAUACCCGUAUUGACAACUAUAUUUAUUUAUUUUAAACUAGUUCGAUAUGUGAAACAAAUGAAUAAACGUGUAAUACCUGCAAAUAUUUUAUUACGUGCACAUCGAGAAUUAAAAAUGGAAAAAACUACUCCUGCUGGUUAUAUAUUUAUUGGGCUUGGAACACAGCAAUCUACAGGUAUUGGAAUGCAUGUUUUUAGCCAUUUCAUCCCAACGAUCGAACGUGAAAAUCUUGAUUUUCAAGAUCCAUAUAUUUCACAAUGGAACAGAGAACUACUCCUAUCCGCCGGACAAAUUGCUCGAUACGUUUAUGAUCAAUUCAUAAUCAAUAAUACAUCCAUUAUUACAAAACAAGAAGCAUUACUUUCAAUUUCUUCAUUUCAAUUUCAACCAUCUGUUCCAAAUAAUAAGAUUGGCGAUACAAUUCAAUCCGGAUUCUUCGACGACACUAAGCUUUUUGUACGUGUGCUUAAAUCUACCGAUAAUCCUGGUCUACAUAUAUUUUUAUCCAAAAAUUCCUAUUUAUCGUCUUCUGAACAUAUGGAUUCGUUUCUUCGAGUCCCACUUAUUCCCUUUGAAUUAUCACAAACUCAUUUUUUUACAAUUCUGCAAGAACGUGGAUUGAUAAACAAUGCCGAUUAUCAAUUCAUCGAACAGAAACUAUCAGAAUCCAGUUCAAUUCUUAUACUUAAUGAAUUUAUUCAACUAGUUCAUUACUUAUCUACAAGUAAGAUUACAAAUGAGUGGUCUCAACGUAUUCUUUCCGUUGUACGCUUUCGUGAAACAAUUAGAUCAGAUAUCAUUAUAAUGAAAAAUUUCAAAUUUUAUGACCCAUUCAACGUUCCAUCGGUUCUUAAACUACCACAAAGUAUUUUAUCAGCUAGUAUUGCUGUUCACUUUUCGGGUGAAGAACUCCAGAGUAGAUUAUAUUUAACUCCAUGGUCUCUUACGGAACUAAUUGACUACUAUUUGCAUGCAGACCAACGAUACAUAUUUUUGCUUCCGAAAGCAAAUGUGCAAUUGCUUAGUUUGUUCUCAAAACAAUUAUAUCAAUUUCAAGAAUUAGAAUGGAAUAAAAUACAACUAACUUUAUCUGGCAUUAAAUGUAUACAAACAACACGUGGGAUGAAAAUACCUAGUGAAUCAUAUAUUCCAUCAAAAACUCUAUCGUCAUAUGAUAUUCCUAUUAUCAAGUUUAAUACGACUGAAGAAGAUGUUAAUGAUUCUGAAAAUAAUUAUUCAUCUCACAAUUCUUUAGAUGCUUUCAUUUCUAUUGAAUUUCUUAAACGACUUGGAUGCCGUACUUUUCAUUUAGGAUCAUUUGUUGAAUCUCAGAGUUUAUCAUCCAAUGAAACCAUGGAAAUCUUAAUUCCAAAAUUAAUGCAAGAACGAAAGAAUAUGACGGAUGCAGAUUUCAGUGCUUUGAAACAGAAAAGAUGGCUGCAAGGCACGGCACAUGACUCGACCGGAAAAACAAAUCGUCAAUGUGUUCCACAAGAACUUUAUUUUCCAUCAGUUGCGAUCGAACUUAAUUGGCCCACAUUACUUGUCAUUGAUUGGCCUGAUAUUAAAUCGACCUCACAACAAUAUCUUUUUCUCAAACAACUAGGCGUCCGUGAAGUACCUGAUUUAUCACUCCUAAUCGAUCGUAUUUCUCAAGAACACAAUGCAAAAUCAUCCAACGAAAAGAAAAAUCAACACAAAUAUCAAUUACCCAAAGCACUUUCUUAUUUCAUCAAAUAUUUUCAACAACAUUAUUCUUCAUUAUGGACCACAACACACACCAAUCAAUUGUUUCUUCCAUCUCGCUCUCCUACAACAAUUACAAAUGAUGAUGAUGCUGAUAAUAACAAUAAUCACAGGAACAAUCAAGUCAUUUUAUCAAAAGCAGAUCAACUUUUUCAAGAUGAUAGUCCAUUAUGUAACACAUUAUUACCUCAAGUCAUGGAACUUUUCUCAAAAUAUUCUUUCGAUAUAGCAAGAUUCAACAUAAAAAAAUCUCCUUCAAUAGAUACUGCCUUUGGAUUAUUUAUGGAGAGAAAGAAUGAAUUAUUGUUCACAAUCGAAUCAACAAGAAAGAUUUUUGCUUAUCUAAAUCAAGUUUAUGAAUGGAAUGAAAAACGUUUCAACGAAUAUGUUAGUCGAAUUGAUUUUAUUCCUUUGCAAGGAAGUACAAUACUAAAGAAACCAUGUGAAGUAUUUAUUCGUUCGGAUAAUAUGAUAUCAGUUGAAAGUUCAAUAAACAAUGUGGAUACAAGUGGACUGAUCGAUUAUGUAGAUUUUGGUGAGGAAGGAAAUAGUUUCCUGAAAAAGGUUGGUGUUUGCUGUUGGCCAUCAGCAUCGGUACUUGCUCAACUUCUUCUCGAUCGACAAGCUAAUUAUUUCAGAAAUUCAAAUCAAAAUAUCGAGAUGCACUCGAAGAAGAUGGAUAUUUAUCUCACUUGUUUGCAAAAACUUGCAGGUAGUGUUACCGAAUUAAAUGAACCGGCUUUGGUCCGUCGGCUUCAAACAGAACCAUGGUGUCUUGGUUACGAACUUAGUGAAGACAAAAAUGAUUCAAAGAUGAAAUUGUUUCGCAUUGUAUCUCCACAAGAUGUUUAUCUGAACGAUAAUAACGUUUGUGCCGUUAUUUUUCACGUAUUAUGUGCACCAGAUGAUCGAACAUUAAGCAACUUAUACAAAAAAUUCGGAUCUAAUUAUUUAUCGAAAUAUGUGACAAUAAAUUCGGAUCCAAUAGGUGUAACUAAACGAACAGGUCGAGGUGAUGACCUACAGAUUUUAAUCUUGGAACGUCUCGAUAUCUUGUUUAUCGAUAAACGACGUAAAGCACUACCCAAUCUUAAUAACUAUAACGUUGAGCUUAUUCGUAAAACAUUGGUCGUAUGUGAAAACACUAACAUUCGACAUCAAAUAACGUUCAAAGGGAAUAUCGUGACACUUCAACCAAUUGAUAGUUCAUCUUGUGUACUUGUUCACAAACAAGAUAAAGUGACAUUAUACUUACGAGAAGAUGAAGUAGCUAUUGAUCUCAUGGACGUUGCUGUCGAACUUUCUCGAUUUACACUCGGAAAAAACCAUGAAUUUGUUUAUACCAUUAAGGAUUUGUUGUCAGCAACAUUACGACAACUCGAACAACGCGGUGUACGUAUUGAUCUGUUGAAGAAGAACAAACAACAAACUGAAAAAUUGAUGAUGAAUACUCCUAAAAUAUCAGAUCAAGAUGAACAGAACACGAAUAAGAUGACAGAUAAUUCAUGCACAAAAUCGACUAAUGCAAUUCCACAAACUAAAGAUGCAUCUAAAGAUCCAAAGUCAUCCGUUAUAAAAGAAGAGAGAAGACCAAAGUCGCCCGUAAAAACAAGCAAACAACAACCACUUGCUUCAAAUGUUGAAUGUAACUAUAAGCCGAAAAAAAUACCAGAUUUCAGUGUAGAUAAACAGAAAAAAGAAAAAAAAGUCUUAAAAACCAUUAAAAACGGUCAACCAUAUAUUAGUUCGAAUUAUACCUAUCCGGAAUAUAAGAAAGAAGAAACAAAUAUUGUAUGGCAACUGAUUCCCACUAUUCAGAUGAAGCGUUAUAAGGAUGCAUUUCAUUCUAUUCCAUUGUUUCUCUCUGAGAAUGUCAAUGAAUCAAAAAUAAUGAUGGAUGAAGCUAAGCAACUUGCAUGGAUACUCAUUAAUUUGGCUCGUCAUGUAUUUGAAAUUCCUACUGAAACUAUUCAUCUUUAUCAAGAUGUCGAUGGAGGUAAAGUUAAAAAUGAAUUUUUAAAUAUCAGUCAUAACUUCAAUUUUCUGUAG